UGUAUUAGCGUAAGGAAUACGCGUAUAGCGAAUAUGUGUUCUCUGUUAAUUAAAUUGUUUUAUUGAAUGAGUAAUGUAAACAUCCAGAAUUUUCUUAAAGCCAAAGUAAUCACAUUUUGGACCUUGAAACUGAAAAUUUGCACACAGUCUGUCAAAUUCGCGGAUCGAAGUUAGAUCUAGUUAAUAUACCACAUAGCAAGCGUGAACUCAGCAGUGUUUUGUAAAUGUGCUAGGCAAGAUUGUACAUGGUUAAUGACAUAAUUAAAGACUGUUUAUGUGUGAAGAUACAUCCGCAGGAAGGCGACUGAGUAAACAACAACAUAGUGGGCGGUGAUAUUAUUUAAUAAUUCAUCGUAUUAAGUAAUACAGUUUGACGUCAUAUGAAUAUGCUCAGAACAGUCGUAAAUAAGUUUAUAAGGCGACCAUUAUCAAGCAUGGCAUAUAAUGGCAAAUUAAAAGGAAAAGUUGCAAUUGUCACGGCAUCAACUGAUGGCAUUGGUUUUGCAAUUGCUGAACGUCUAGCAGCUGAUGGAGCUAGUGUGGUCGUAAGCAGUCGUAAAGAGAAUAAUGUUACCAGCGCCGUUGAGAAAUUGAGAUCCUGUGGCUAUUCAGUUUCUGGUGUUGUAUGUCACGUGUCAAAAGCGUCUGACAGGGAGCGUCUUAUUAAGGAAGCGCAAGAUAAAUUUGGUGGAAUCGAUGUCCUUGUUUCAAAUGCUGCUGUCAACCCAGGGGUUGGACCUGUGUUGGAGAGCACUGAAGAAGUGUGGGACAAGAUAUUUGAGGUGAAUGUGAAAGCUGCAUACCUCCUCUCCAAGGAAGUCCUGCCUCACUUGCGGAAGCGUCAUGGAGGUAGCAUUGUGUAUAUAGCUUCUAUUGCAGGCUUUGAUCCUUUAGGGCUGCUAGGUGUGUAUUCUGUAAGUAAGACUGCAUUGCUGGGACUCACCAAAGCGGCAGCCAAAGAUCUGGCAAGAGAAAACAUCAGAGUUAAUUGUGUUGCACCUGGCAUUGUCAUCACAAAAUUUUCAUCAGCUUUGCAUGAAACAGAAGAAGCUAAGGAAGCACUUCUUCGUAGUAUCCCCAUGGGAAGGAUGGCCAUCCCUAAGGAGAUUGCUGGUGUUGUUUCAUUUCUGGUAUCAGAUGAUGCCUCAUAUAUUACCGGAGAGACUAUUGUUGCUUCUGGAGGCAUGACUUCUAGACUCUAGGCUUAUAAAUUGAAUACUGGAAAGGGGUAUACUUUUUGGUGAGUGAAGCAUUUAAGAGCUGGGACUUUCAACUUUGUUUUCUGAUUUGUGAUAUGCAAUAGGAUUUAUCACAAACUAUGGUUACUAAGGAGCAUUUAACAAUUAAAGAAUUUCCAUCAUCAUAACUGGCUAUACAAAUUAUCAUGUGAUUAGUACACUGCAUGUUUUGACCUAACUUAACAUCAUCAGGCUAUUAUUACAUUUGUUUUUGACAUGACAGCUAUAGUAUACAUGGCCAAUGUUUACAAUUGGAGUUAGCAGAUGAUGUGAUAUCAUGAUGGAGCUAUAAUAAAUGUAGCAUUUUUAAGAUAAAAGUGAAUUUAAUGUGUUACUACAUCUGGAAUUAAGUUGAUGGUUAAAAUGCUAAAGUGAAUUAAAGUAAAAUCUGUUUCUGUGUCUAAAAUUGAAUAUGAUUGACUGUUAGGUUACAGGUGUGUAUUGAAUUAUUGUGUGCAUGUAUUGUCCUUUGUAGUGAUGCUACUACCAGAUGCAGGAAGUGUUGUUAUAGAUAGCUGGGUUGGAAUGAGGCAAUAGAACAAUAAUUCACAGCACAAUACCAUCAGUGUUCUGCAGCCUCAUUCCAACCCAGUGACUAUUUACAUUACUCUAAGACAUCUGGGAAUAGCAGCUCUAA